UAAAUCAAAAAUGUAAUCGCAUGCAGCGCCAAUGUUUUAAUCUGAACCUCUUAAUGGAUUAAUGGAAACGUCAGUGUGGAAAAGGUAACUCUUGUUGCGUCACGACAUUCACAGAUUGUUGUUUGUGACACCAGAGAAUUUAGGCGACAGGGCAUCAUUUUUGGCGCAGUGUCAGAACGGUUUGACAGGUUCAUACAGACUAGUCUAAAAAUAUCCCUGACUUUCCACAGGCCGGAAAUUCCGCUGCUGCUGCUGCUGCUGCUGCUGCACUGGCACGCGAGUACGACGCAUGAAGCGCAUUGAUCUGAGAAUAUGGCCCGCGCAGAAUUGAAGUGUGACUCACCUGCUCAGGCAACUCUGAGAAGUGGGCUGAGACAGAUGGACAGACAGACAGACAGACAGACAGACAGAUGGAUAGAUAGAUAGAUUUGCAGUUGUCAGUACCAUGGACAGCUCCACAUGCGUCUUUGCCGUACAUUUGUGCUUCUGUGAUAAAUAAUCCACAGAUUUGUGUUCACAUUUCUACAUUUUCAGACCCUCAGAGACGCAGAGAGCUCUCUUCCAUACACACACUAUAUGGGCACUGCUAUAGAGCAGUGUGGAAUGUUGUGCGUAACAGCGCGCGCCACGUUCUGGUUAGGUUAGCGUGUGUGAGGCUGCAGGGACUCCCUCCUCCUCACCCACGCACACACAGACCGUGUGAGCUGUGACUCAGAGAGGCAGAGCCUGGGACAGAGGAGCCGGGGACAGAGGAGCCUGGGACAGAAUACACGGGGCGGCCAGGCUUGCAUCAUGCGCUCUCCACUGCCCGCUGCGUCUCAGCCCCUCAGCGCACCUGGUCCGACGCUCGGCUCAGUUCUGACGCGCUCACAUCUCUCUUCUCGCCUGUUUUGCGCGGAUGGAUGGAGACUCCUUGGUGAAUGGCUGAUGACUGCGCCCGUCCCCGCUCUCAGAGCCAUGGACUGCAGUUUUACAUGAAGAGGAACAUGGAGAAUCCAGCCAAGUACCUGUCAUCGGUGCAGGGCACUGACUCUGUGCCGGCGCCUCAAGGAGACAUGAUGUGGAACAGCACCGAAACAAAGGCAACGGGCGAUGACAGUAAGGAUAUGUUGUUGCGCACGGUGACGGGCUGCCUCCUGUCCCUGCUCAUCCUCUGGACUCUGCUGGGGAACAUCCUGGUUUGCUCCGCGGUACUGCGCUUUCGGCACCUGCGGACCAAAGUCACCAAUAUUUUCAUCGUCUCAUUGGCUCUGUCGGAUUUAUUCGUGGCCGUGCUGGUGAUGCCGUGGAAGGCUGUGGCGGAGGUGGCGGGCUACUGGCCGUUCGGCACUUUCUGCAACGUGUGGGUCGCGUUUGACAUUAUGUGCUCCACCGCCUCCAUCCUGAACCUGUGCAUCAUCAGCGUGGACAGAUACUGGGCCAUCUCGAGCCCCUUCCGCUACGAGAGGAAAAUGACCCAGCGAGUCGCCUUUGUCAUGAUCAGCAUCACUUGGACGUUGUCUGUGCUCAUUUCCUUCAUACCGGUGCAGUUAAACUGGCACAAAGCCACCGACGACAUGGCCGGUGCGCACAACUUCUCCACGAGUCUCCACAUGGAGGAAAACUGCGACUCGAGCCUGAGCAGGGAGUAUGCCAUAUCAUCCUCUCUGAUCAGUUUCUACAUCCCCGUGGCGAUUAUGAUUGUGACUUACACACGAAUAUACCGGAUUGCACAAAUACAAAUUCGAAGAAUCGCGUCCUUGGAGAGAGCUGCGGAGCAUGCGCAAAGCUGCAGGACCAACAGAAUCGAGUGCCAACACCACAACACCUUGAAAACGUCGAUUAAAAGGGAAACUAAAGUGUUCAAAACUUUGUCGGUGAUCAUGGGCGUGUUCGUGUGUUGCUGGUUGCCCUUCUUCGUCCUAAACUGCAUGGUCCCCUUCUGCGACAGGCCGGCCACCGACCGGGACGCGGGUCUGCCAUGUGUCAGCGAGACCACGUUCAAUGUGUUCGUGUGGUUCGGUUGGACCAACUCGUCCCUGAACCCCAUUAUUUAUGCCUUCAACGCAGAGUUCAGGAAGGCCUUUGCCAGCCUCCUGGGCUGUCGCUACUUCUGCUCCAACACACCUGUGGAAACUGUUAACAUCAGUAACGAGCUGGUUUCUUAUAAUCAGGAUACUCUCAUACACAAGGAGAUCGCCAACGCCUACGUCAACAUGAUCCCCAACGUGGUUGAAUGUAUCGAGCACGAGGAGACGUUCGACAGGAUUUCCCAGUUCUCUCACAACAACGACAAUGCCACUGACUCCGUGUGUGACCUGGAGGACUGCGAGGCAGACAUCAGUCUCGACAGGAUGUCACCAUUCACCCCGAAUGGAUUACACUGACUCCCAACUCCAUUGUCACCCCAUUCACGCCAGGUAUUAACAUCUUUCCUGAGAGAUCUGAUCACAUGUAGGUCGUGCCCCCCAAUCACAAAAACCACAUUCAGAGGUGGUUUGCGGUCACAUGUCUCCUCUGACUCGCUGUGCUUCCUCUGUAUUUUUUACUCUCAUCAGCACCAAUAAUUGUAUUUAUUUGUAGCCACAAACAAAGUUAUUUCUUUCUGUAAUGGUUAAAAUCUAUAUAUUAAAAAAAGUGGUUUGCAGGAUGAGUCUCUGUUGCCUGGAGGCGUCCCAGCAUGGCAGGUCUGAUGCUGUCUGAUAGAUGAUUGACAGGUGCACUUACAGGCCUAAAACACUGGCUGCACCUGAUUGGGCGAGUACUUCCACUAGUGGGCUGCAGGAUUUAAAGCCAGUCUGAACACUUUAGUGACAAAAUGGUUCACUGACCUGUGUAUAUUUGUGGCGAGAAAUA